AUGGAAUCUGGGGCGAUAUCUGUAGCUGUUACUUUGUUCAGAGAGACAUUUCCUAGUUUGGAUGACGAUAUCUCUAGCUACAUAGAAAGUAUUCUCACUGAAAAUGCUGAGCAUUUUGACUCUGAGGGUGAUGUGCAUGACGCAAUCGGUGGAGUUUUGGAUGGGUUUCACCGUCAAAAUAAUGAUCAAGAGAUAAAAAUCUUAUGCAAAAAGAUUUAUCAACUAAUGAGGCCGUCUGACGGAUUUGUUGAAAAACAAAUGACUUUGGAUGCUCCAGUGCAGAUGGCAAGUUUACUGGAUACAUUCAGUGAAAGAGUGGUUGAUAAUUCUAGUAUUUGGAUGAUGAAAAAACAAAACAGCACUAUCGUCGAUUCUAAAAAAUUAGAAAAGGCUGAGGCUAAGAUUAAAGAAAAGCAGCUGAAGAAAGCCAUUAUCGGAAAACCUGGUAAUGCAGGAAGAGCCAUCGAGGUCAAGGAGGAUGAACGCGCUACAGUUAGUCAACAGACAGAUCGACGGGAACUAGCGUCAUCAUCACAUGUAGUGUCUCACGUAGGGGAUAUUCGUUUGGAAAAUUUUGACAUUGCAUAUGGUAGCAGAGUUCUCUUACAAGGUGCCAAUCUGUCUCUCACGUACGGUAAGAGGUAUGGUUUAGUGGGACGAAAUGGUUUCGGUAAAACAACUUUGCUUCGAUCGUUAGCCAAGGGAGAUUUGCGCCUACCACCAGGUGUCCGCGUACUACAUGUAGAACAAGAAGUUGUUGGUGAUUCCACUCCUGCUUUGGAAAGCGUUCUUCAAGCCGAUAUAGAAAGACACACCCUCCUUACUGAAUUGGGUCGCCUUCGGGCUGAAAUGAAAAGAAAUUCUGGCACGGAUCAAGGUUUAUCUAGUAGCACAAGUACAAUAGAAUCUCGGGUCGCAGAGAUUUAUUCUCGUUUGAGUGCAAUGGAAGCAGAUAAGGCUCCAGCUCGAGCUGCGGUCGUUUUGCAUGGUCUUGGCUUCAGUCCGGAAAUGCAGGCUAAGCCCACAAAAGAAUUUUCUGGCGGAUGGCGUAUGCGUUUAGCUUUAGCACAAGCACUUUUUGCGAAACCAGACCUACUUUUGCUGGAUGAACCUACCAAUAUGCUUGAUAUGCGCGCAAUAAUUUGGUUAGAAGACUACUUGCAGUCCUCAUCUAACAUCCUUUUGAUUGUCUCACACGAUCGAAGUUUUUUAAAUACGGUUGCAACUGAUAUUAUUCACUUGAAUUGCAAGCGUUUGGAUGCAUACCGAGGGAAUUAUGAUGCUUUUGAGCAAGCUCGUUCUGAAAGAUUGCUAAACCAACAAAGGGAGUACGAAUCAUUGAAAGCUGAAAGAGAGCAUAUACAACAAUUUAUAGAUAAAUUUCGUUACAAUGCAAAACGUGCAUCCCUCGUACAAAGUAGAAUUAAGCAUUUAGAAAAGUUGCCACCAUUAAUUCCUCCUGAAAAAGAGUUGAAGGUUGUGAUUCGACUGCCUGAUUGUGAGAAACUUUCUCCUCCAUUGUUACAACUUGAUGAAGUUUGUUUUCAUUAUGUACUGGACAAACCAAUUUUAAAUCAUGUCAAUUUGAACAUUUCACCAGAUUCACGAAUCAGCAUUGUUGGUGAAAAUGGUGCAGGUAAAACGACAUUACUUCGGCUUCUUUUAGGUGAUUUAGAACCGACUUCAGGAUUACGUCACGCACAUCGUAGUUUACGUAUUGGUUACUUUAGCCAACAUCAUGUUGACCAACUGGAUUUAAAAUUAAGCAGUUUAGAAUUUUUGAUGAGAAAGUUCCCAAAUCAGACUGAACAAGUUUAUCGUUCCCAGUUGGCGAAUUUCAAUAUAACGGAAAUGCUUGCUCUUCAACCAAUCGGUAGUUUGUCAGGCGGACAAAAAUCAAGAGUUGCAUUUGUUGCUAUGUGUAUGUCCAACCCAAAUAUGCUUGUUCUCGAUGAACCGACAAAUCAUCUAGAUGUAGAAACGAUUGCAGGCUUAUCUGAUGCUUUGGUUAAUUUUCCCGGUGGAGUUGUACUUGUUUCACAUGACGAACGUUUAAUUCAAGCUGUAUGUAAUGAAGUAUGGGUGUGUACACGCAUGGGCAUAAGUCCUGUUGACAGUGCUAAAGGAAGUCGUGUAUAUUCAUUACCAGGUGGUUUGGAAGAAUACAAAAAAGCCGUUCGAGUUGAACUGGUUCAACUAAAAUCUUAA